GCGGCAGCGGUGACGUAUCGUAAUAGAGAGAAGUAGCUCACACGGCAUCUAGUGUUCAUAUCUACAAGCACAGCAGGCCGAGUGUUGUAAAUAUGGCGUCCGUAACAACAGCCACCUCAGAGUGGAUUCAGUUUUUUAAAGAUGCAGGGAUCCCAGCUGGUCUUGCUGUCACUUAUGCAGUCUCCUUUGUGGACAACAGGAUUCAGAAGAACAUGCUGAUGGACCUCAGUAAAGACAUCAUGAUGGACCUCGGCAUUACGGUCAUUGGUGACAUCAUUGCCAUUCUGAAACAUGCCAAGCAGGUAUACAGGCAGGACAUGUGCAAAAUGGCCACGGAAGCCAUCUCCUUAGGACAGACCAGUGUUCAAGCUGAGCUGAGAAGAACCGCCAACACUCCUGCCACUCGUAUGAUUGCCAACGCUCUAAGCCAUGACUCCCCGCCAGCCACGCCAGCCACUCCAGCCCGCCGACCUGACAACUGCCUCUCCGUCACAGUGUCCAACAUGCAAGCGAACAAGAGCAACAAAACAGCUGUGAGUCAGCCAGCUGAUGAGGGGAACGGUUUGCCAGCAGUGAAGCGCCGGCGAGUGACAGCAGAGAUGGAAGGCAAGUACAUCAUCAACAUGCCCAAAGGCACCACGCCUCGUACACGCCGCAUCCUGGCCCAGCAGGCCAAGAAAGGUCUGAAACGCACCUCUGUGUUUGCAAGACUUGGGGCUGAAUCGAGUGCAGACACAACAACAAGCAAUAACAAGCCCACUGGUGUGUUCAGUCGUCUGGACCAAGGGGAUGAAGAUGAAGAUGGGCCAGUGCCAGAAAAGAUGGUGGGAGACAUAGAUGUGGAUGAUGACGACAGUGAUGGAGAAGGCUCUGUUCUCCAGUAUGCCGGCGUCCUCAAAAAGCUGCCUCCUUCCCAGGAUAAAGUACCAGCCACAAAACCAGCCCGGACCCCUCUGCGGCGCCUGGGAGGCAAAUUCAAACUACCUUCCUCCGACACUCCCUCCUCCUCCUCUUCUUCUUCCCCUAAUGGCCUCCCCUCUGCCAAGAUUAGUGUGCUUCGAAGACUGGGUAGGCUCCCUGCCACACACUCAAACACGUCAACCGUGUCACCUACACCCGCUGACACACAGGACAACAGAGUGACCAGCAGCAGACCCAGAGCUCAGGAGAGACCCACCAUAGCAAGCUCCAAGGUCAGCAGCAGCACUGCGGCUGGAGGAGGAGGAGGAGGAGGAGAGUCCUUGGGGGCCCAGAUGGAUGUUAAGGCUGUCAGUGUCUUUAAGAGACUGGGCAACAAGAGAACCUAACAGAUGAAUCCCUAAAAUUUAUUCAGACUCCUGUUAUGCAUCUUUUUAUCCUGGGUACAUGCAGGACUGUAGAUUUAUGUUUUUAUUUUGGAGUCAGUCUGAAAACCGAAGCCUGUUCACCCUGAGUGUAUGUGCAUUUUCAGUGCUGCGUUGAGGCUUUAGGGAUGCUCUUAGAUAAAAAAAAAAAAAAAAAAGUAUUUCUUUUUUAUAUAUUUCAUUAUACUGGCAUUGGAAACUUGCCUUUUAUUUGGUGUUCAAGCCUAUAAUUGGAGGACUUAGUUCUCUGUGGCAUUAUGUUGCUGUUUAUCAUGUCUUAGUCAUAUCUGCCAUGUAUAUUUGACUAUAUUUGUGACCUUAAGGCAUGAGUGUGACAUCAACCAAUCUUCCAUGAUGGUCAUUUUAUUUUAGCCUGUUAACUCCAAUUAUAAGGAUGCUGCUGCCUAAAUGUCUGUUUUAUGAGGUUCCUCUGGAAUGAAGACAGUUGUGGUUGAAAAUGUCCCUCAAAAUGAAUCAUGUGAUCACUGUGUUGAUAUUUGCCUGAAAGAUAAAUAUUUCUGAAAUAAUCUAUAUGUAUGAAUAAUAGUUUUUCCUGUAGGUUUGAAACACAGGAUGGCAGUUGGACAUAAUGCUAACCAUCAGGUGACGGUUAAGUCUUCUUUACCUCAAAAUGAGUUCCCACAUAAUGUUUUGAAAGUAGAAAAUGUUUAUAAAUAUUGAUGAAAGGCCUCUGAACUUUUCCCCUGAGCUAAAAAAAAAAAAAAAAAGGAUAUGCGACGGGUUCC